AUGCGUAAUCGAUUCUAAGCUUCUUCAUUCAAGAACUCAACUAAUUUAUUUACAUUCAAUACCCCACUCACUUUACACAUUUCUAGGUCAUGCGAAUCAAGUGAAUGUGGUUAUGCAAAUAAAAAAUUGCUCUACAUCUCUUCUAUAUUACCCAAUUUUCAACCUUACUAACAUAUCAUCUCUAAAUUCAAGGAUUUAAACAUUAAAAUACAAUAAUAGAAAUAAAUCAAAAUGAGAAAUAAAAGACAUUUGAUUAAAAAAAAAACUAUUGGUGAAAUUAUGUUAAAAUAAGACCCAUAACUAAAAAAAAGAAGUAAUAGACAUCAUAAUACUGUAUUUUACAAUCCUUAAGCUAAUAUACCUGUUCAAUCUAAUCUCUUUUCUAGUGAUUCUUCAUAGAAUCAUUCCAAAGAAAAUUCAAGACAUUCUGUAUAAUUGCAUAGAUACAAUUCACUUUCACCUAGAAAAAAUUAUUUAGAUAAAAGGACUGCAAAGAUGUAAACCUUUUCCUAAAAAUUGAAAACCUUUUACUUACCCAUUACCGCACCCUUUGAUUCUUAAACUAUUAUGAAAUUAGAAAUGAUAGAAGAUGGAAAAAUUAAAGUUUUAAAAUAAUAAGGUUCUCAUGAUGAUUUUUAAAUUAAUAUAAGAUUAUAUAAAUUUGAAGAUGAAGACAAAAAUCUUGAUGAUGAAAAUAAAGAUCUAUAAAAUAAAUUACCUACAUUACAUUAAGAAGAUGAUGAGGAAGAUGAAUAAAGUUAUGAUGAUAAUCUAGCUAAUUUAAAAUAAAUAUCUAUUAACACUUAAAAAUAAGCUUAUAAGAAUAUUCUAAAAUUUAAUAGACGUAGUCUCUAAAGCUUGAUAGACAAACAAUAAUUGGGAGAAAGCAGAAUCAAAGAAAUUUUGUCUACUGGUAAUUUAAUUUAAUUAUAUUUGUAUAGAGUAUAGUUAAAAAGCUAUAACUGCCAAUUUGUCCCCGAUUAGCAAUUAUAAUCUUGGUUUUUCUCCAUUGCCAUCUAUCAAACUGUUAGAUGAAAAGAGAAAAAGACCCAUACAAAAAUUACUUCCUUUAGAUAUUAAACCAGUUAGUCAAUUUACAUUUUUAAACACAAUUCCUAUUUUACCUCUUUCCAAUAUCUCUCCAUCUACAUAGUCAACCAAAAAUAGCAUUGCUAAAAAGACAUCUUCAAGGAAUAUCAUUAAUGCUGCUGCAGGAAAAAAACAUAAAAAAAACAUAACUUUUGGAUAAUUGUUGAUUAAAGUUUGA